CCUUUUCUGGUUAACAUUUACACUUGUUGUCAUCUGUUGUUGAUUAUUAUUGAUUUAUAUUGUUUAAUUUGGUUGAAUUGUUUUUCUUUCUUACCAAUCAGCUUUCUAUUAACUGAUUUGAUGGAUAAAAAAGGUUCACCGAUAGUUUACCUGACGAAGAAAAUUUCAUUCAGUGCUGCUCAUCGUUUGAACUCUUCUAGACUUGAUUCACUCACUAAUGGUAAAAUCUAUGGAAAAUGUAAUAAUAUCAAUGGACAUGGUCACAAUUAUCGAGUUGAAGUUAAUUUACGAGGACCAAUCGACGAAGAAACCGGAAUGCUCAUCAAUUUAACUCAAUUGAAGCGAAUCAUGGAACAAGUAAUUGAAACAGUUGACCAUAAAUUCAUUGAUAGGGAUGUCCCUUAUUUCAUUGAUUCUGGGAAAGUCUCAACGGUGGAAAACAUUUCUGUUUAUCUUUAUGAUUCGGUGAAAGAGAAACUACCUAGAGAUAUACUCUAUUCUGUUAUUGUCCAUGAAACUGAUGACAAUGUUGUUGAAUAUCGGGGAGAAAAAAUCAAUUGACCAUCACGAUUUCAAUAUUGUUCAAUUGGAGCUUUUCGACCAACUUUUUUCUCUCUCUCUUCUAUUACAGUAUUACAAGUAAAUAUACUACAGGAUUUUACAUCAGGACCAAAUCAAAUAUUCCAAGAACAAGAUUAAUCCAUCGAUUUUAAUAAGUUAAUUAUUCUUCAGAAAAAUCUGCCUCCACUUCAGCCAGUUUACUGUUUAGAUGGUACAAAAUAUCAAUUGUUUGUAGAAGACCAGUUUUAUAUACCAAUUUUUUACCAUUCUCUGUCAAUUAAUAAACAAGUAUUAAUAUUGAAAACAACAAGAAAAUCUGAUGUAUAUUUACUUAGGAAGAAUUGUAACUCAGGUUCGUUUCCAGAAUUAACAAUAUUCGUCUUCAAGAUACA